CGCGUCGGUCCGGGCCCUCUUCUGUCAGGGUCGAGGAGGACGUAAGACUAUACACCAAUAGGAGAGAGAGAGAGUUUAGAAGACAGAAGAAUAGAAGCACAAAGUGAGGAGCACGAGGAACGAAGUGAAGAUUCAACAGAGAAUAUGGCCGACAUGGAAGAAACCAGGGUAGGGGCACGCUCCCCUCCCCCGGGUCCAGACCAACCAAUGGACGAAGACGAAGACAGAGUGAGAGAACUGGCGAGGCUCUGUUAUGAUGAGGGGAUACUACCAUCCUUCAUCGAUCCAGGCGAGAUGACAGUUGACGGGAGAGAAGCUACGUUCAGAGUCAACAACCGGAUUCAUAGGACGAAGGUGGAUUGGUUAAAAGAACACACGGUAACAAUGAUUUUUCGCGAAGCCGCGCUGUUCUUACCAAAGAAGACAAAGGACGACAUUGUGAGGGCAUAUGAGGAUUCAAGAACGCAGGAUGGAGACUUCGAUGUCAAUUCGUUCACGAGAGGGAGGAUAAAGGUGGAAGGCCCGAAUGUCGUUUCCUACGUGGCGAGGAGCACGGCAGUCAAACAAUGGAUGCUGACGAAGGGAAGGGAUGAGAUCACGUUGGGCCAAACCAGAUACGUAAUGGAUUUUAAGCCUAGGUUAACCAAGGCCCAACUUCGGGAGCAAAGGAGACAAGAGGAGGAAUCAAACUUUUGGGUGAUUGCGGUGCAAGUGCCGCUCGAUGCUAUGUUAUACCUGGAAGCUCAAGUGGCCAAGGCAAUUGGUCCAAUAAUCAACACGCAUCCAGCUGAGCAGGAUCGACAGAAACCAGCUCUCAUUAACCUAAAGCCGAGUCAACUUAAACCAGGACCGGAGCGAUCAAGAGAGCUGCCGAUGCAUGGAGCGGCAAGUAAUUACUACAACGCAGCAUACUCACCUGACGGGCUAAGGAGGCAGCAGUUCUUCCAACCGGGGCCGUCUCCUAUGGGAAUGCCAGGGUUGUCUUCAGGAAUGCCGACGACAAGCUCGGGGUUGCCGAAUAAUUUAUCGGCUUUUGGCCCGUGGCCAGGCCUAGGAGCAUUUAACCACUUACUCCAACCAGACGGGUAUGGCAUCCCAAUGUUCCCUCGAGAGGAAUUGGGAGGAUACGCGUAUGGUGGGCAGAUGGGAGGGAACGCUCAAGGAGGAGGGGCAAUGCAUGCAAUGGUUGGAGCAGGAGGUGCAGCCGCAUCACAAUAUGGUCUAGGAGGACAAGGAGACGGUACACAGGACAGCAGAGGAGGGAAUCAGGGCACAAGCCGAAUACCGGUCAGGGAAGCUACGAGCGAAAACAGAAGCACAGGAGGCACGCCAGGAAAGCACAGGUGGCUAUGCCACGAAGACAGUGCCACUUCGGAUCUGCAUGGCAUUAGAAGAGAGAAGUCGAGCUCAACGGAGUCCGAGGGUUCACAGGGGCGGAUCAGGGAAAUGAUCACACCAGGGAUGAAAAGAACAAGAAGACGGAUCCCGGUGGCGGUGGCGAGAGGCCAACAGGACGGAAUAGAGUCGAAGAUUCUCCCGUUAUUCUGCACGCUAAUCAAGAACAAGACCUUCUUCAUCACUUGGACAUCACAGGAUGGCAGCAUGCAUCUCCUUUCGCUUCAAUCUCCAGAGUCCCCGAUGCCAACGGCGAUGGCGAAUAUAGUGAGAACGGCGGUGGCAGAGAGAUUGGUGUUUCAACUGAUAGCUGACCUAUUGAUGCCAAGGAUACUAGUAGACAACCCGGAGAAUGACAAGAAGAUUAAGUUCUUCGUGCCACUUCUUGAUGUGCGAUACAGUGGCAAGGACGAGGUGGAUGCGUCUAUUGGAGCUGGAGCCAGAACAGAUUGGGGAAGCACUAAAGAAGUGUUGGGAGCAGCUAAAACUGAUUUCCUGCCAGAGGCAGGCCUCUACGCUAUGGCUGCUGUCAAUGGUGGCGACACCGUCAGCAGUGUGGUUAACGGAACACGGGGUUAAAGUUGACCUGACGUGCUCGAGAUGCCAAUGGGCGUUUGAGUCAACAGUCCACCUAUGGUGGGACUGUCCAGCAUUGGCCAGAAUCU